GUCGAUCCUCCUCAUUUCGGCACUGGGCCCCACUCGUCACUCACCCUUUCAGGCCUCCACGGCACCUCCCGACAGGGACUCCCCUCCUACUCCUGCUCUCCCAGCCUGCCUUUACUUCUCCCGAAUGCUCGAGGCCUGCAAAGCUCCAGCACAUCCAAUCGCACGACACUCCCUGCUGCUCUCUGCUGAGAGGUGCUAGAUCUCGGACUCGCCGUUGAUUUGAUUCCAAGUUAAAGACAGCGAGCAAUCCAUAGAUUGACCGGUGGAGAGCGAGAGAAAGCGAGAGAGAGAAGGGAAUUGGUUGGUAGGUGGAGACCGGAGGGAGAGCUCAGCUCAGGAGAUUGAUGCUUGCAUGGUGAUGCGGGCGCGGGCGAUGGGGCUGAGCAGCAUCCGGCGGGAGGUGCUGGUCUCCGCCGUCUUCACGGCGCUCCUCGUGGCCUCCAUCCUCCUCCUCCCCUCGCUCCUCCUAACGGGCGCUGGGCCCAUCAGGUGGCCGUCCCUGUCCCCGUCGAAGGAUGCCGGCAUCGGCGAGGAGGAGGAGCAGCAGGCGCGGUACCCCGUGACGUUCGCGUACCUGAUCUCGGCGUCGACGGGGGACGCGUCCCGCGCCGCGCGGCUGCUGGCGGCGCUGUACCACCCGGGCAACAGCUACCUGCUGCACCUGGACCGGGAGGCCCCCGCGGAGGAGCACCGGCGUCUGGCGGAGCUGGUGUCCGGGCGCGGCGUGUACGCGCGCGCGGGCAACGUGUGGAUCGUGGGCAGGCCCAACCUGGUAACCUACCGUGGCCCCACCAUGCUGACCACCACGCUGCACGCCGUCGCCGUGCUGCUCCGCCUCCGCCGCCGCUGGGACUGGUUCAUCAACCUCAGCGCCUCCGACUACCCGCUCGUCACCCAGGACGAUUUGAUGGAGGCGUUCGCCGGGCUGCCCAGGGACCUCAACUUCAUCCAGCACACGAGCCACCUGGGCUGGAAGAUAAAGAAGCGGGCGCGGCCGGUGAUCCUGGACACGGCGCUGUACGAGGACGGGAGGGCGGAGCUGAUCCGCCCGGUGAACAUCUCCACCAACCUCAGGAGGCUGCCCACGGCAUUCAAGCUCUUCACAGGGUCGGCGUGGACGAUGCUGUCGCGGGCGUUCGCGGAGUACGUGACGAUGGGGUGGGACGACAACCUGCCGCGGACGCUGCUGCUGUACCACGCCAACAUCGUCUCCUCGCCCGAGUUCUACUUCCAGACGGUGGCCUGCAACUCGCGCCGGUUCCGCAACGCCACGGUCAACCACGACCUGCACUUCAUCCGCUGGGACACCCCGCCCAAGCAGCACCCGCUCUACCUCACCGCCAGGGACUACCGCCGGAUGCUGCUCAGCGGGGCCGCCUUCGCGCGCAAGUUCAGGGACGGCGACCCCGUGCUGGACCGCAUCGACAGGGACAUCCUCCGCCGCCGGGACCCCGCCGCCCACUUCGCCUACGGCGGCUGGUGCUCCGAGGCCGGCGACCAAAACGGCGGCGCCGCGCUCUGCUCCAACCCGCAGGAGCCCGGGAGGCGCGGGGCCGUCAAGCCCGGCGCCGGGUCCAGGCGGCUCAAGGCCAUGCUCAGGAAGACGCUGUCGCCGAGGAAUUUCAGGAGGCAGCAGUGUAGGUAGGGGAACUGUUCUGUUAUGUUCUGAUCAAACAAACAGGUCGUUGACUCAAUUUUGUAUGUAUAGAAAAGGCAGAUCUGAAACGCAUCAAAGCGGCCCAAAGCCAAUUUUGUUCAGUUGAUUCGCACAAGUCUGAAUUGAAUUGUAGUAGGGAGAUACUCCUGGUGGUUGAUCAUCUCAUACACGGAAUAAUAAUGGAAGGGGCAUUAUG